ACGGCAAACGAUUCGGUCCUCUCGCGCCACAAUGUCUCUUGGCCGGUCUAGUCACGCUGUUGCUGUGGACGACAUGUCGUCCGUCAUGGUCAUCACCGGUGGCUCAUCGGUGCCGAGCCGGAUAUUCGCUUUAUUUCUGCUCAUCACCACGUUCCAAUCCGGACAUGCAUUUUGUUAUUUUCCCUCGCACUAUCAAGGGUCUUAUGUAAUGCAAUCCAUCUUCGAUGAUAAUAGUCACUCUCAGCCGAUACGAUAUUUAAAAGUCAAUAUAACUGAAUACGAGAUACCCAUAUGGGGACGCUGUGAAAAGCGCGUUGGAAGCAAUAACUAUAUUUUGGUGGACGAUAGCGUCAAAGAUGCGCCAUGUAUCCGAUGUGUAAACUUGAAGCUUCGAACGCCUAACGUGAUGAGAGUACACACUGCCGUAGGACCCGAGAAAUGUUACAUGCAACAAAAGGAUGCUGAAGACACGUGUAUCAGCGAAAAUGACCUACGAUACAACGACGAAUUGAAAGACAUCAUUCUGUACAAAACUAAAGAAGCUAGUGGCGCAGAUGCUCGUAGAGAUUAUUGUCCUUUCGUCGGGCAAUAUUCAGUUCGGUAUAAACUUAAUGAUGGAAGCGGAAAACCAGCGUCAGAAUGUUCGUCUUACAAUUCUAGAAUGUUUAACUGCCCGAAAACCCAUCAAAUAAAUAUACGGCUAAAUAAUUGCUCUUCCGAUGACCGAGAGUUUGUAUACGAGUGUUUAGCCAACUGGGAAGGGCCUGGAAAACAACAUUAUCUCGCAUUAAGAAUAGGUGACGAUAGGCCUAUGUACCGUUGUGCUCUGUACGAAGAAGUGUCUCCAGGAGUUAUACACAUGUCCUUGUCCAGUGACUCUACAUGCACUACCGAUUUAAAAAACGCAUCAUUGGGAUAUGAAACAUUUACAUUCACAGCUAAACCGUCUCCUCCAUUACCUUUGCAGUAUAGAAAUAAAGCGUGCAGAUUUCCAGAUUGGGCACAAGGCUCUUGGCAAAAUCUUCGAGUAGAAGGUAAUACCGUGAUAUAUAAAGACACCGAUAAGUUUUUGACGUAUACUUGGCGCUGUGUAGAAUCCUCGGCAACUAAUAAAGCUAAAGAUAAAUUUCUGGUUUAUGGUCAAACUCAGUGUGGUGUUGAUGCGCAUAACUGCAUUUUGUUGAAGAAACGUGGCCCGAAUGUCUUAGAGUUCAUAAUUGGUACAUUUUCGAGUGAUACAUUUAACGAAACCCUUUGUGCAGACCCUAACUUUUUCACUUCGAAUUGGAAAACGCAAGGACGUACUGAUGGUGCUCAAGUAUCUCAUUGUCCAAUUAUGGGUGAUUACACUGGAGUCUUACCUGAUAUUGAUGGUCUUUGUGCUGAGUUGGCUUCUAAUUGUAAUGCUCCAGAAACGAUGCACUAUACGGUUUCUGAUUGUUCUAAUACUCAAAUUUAUGAAGGAUACCAACGAUCUAAUAAACGUAGAAUUAGAAAUAUACCCUCUACAGAAAAAUCUGCAAGUGCGUCAUCAUCCGAAUAUCGUUAUGAUUCUACUAUGUCUUGGACGAUGAGCGAAAGCACUAGUUCUUGGCCAUCUACAGUUCCCACAACUUUUUCUUCUACUACGUCAAUAUCUCAAUCUUCUCAAACACAAGCAAAAAAUAUAACUUCCUCUUCAACGGAAUCGACUUACUCGCCACCAACUACUUCAGAAAAACCUUCAAGUUUUUCUACACAAACUUCGAUGAACUCUAAAACCAAUUAUUCUAAAGAUAAGGAUAGUAGAUUACCUUUGCAGACUACUGUUAUACCAUUUAUCUCUUCCACAAUAACAAUCAACGAAACCACUAAGAACCGUAUGUUGAAUACGCAACAAUCAUCGUCAUAUCCUUCUUUACAGCAAAUAAAUAUUGAUUUAACCACUCCUAAUUCUUCUAAUACUUGGUUUGGAAGUUCAACAACUCAAAUCAUAUCUUCAAAUGAAAUGACCAGUGGACAAACUAAAGAUCUAAAUACAACAACUCGGCCGAAUUUAGGUGAAUUUAAGAGUUCAGACAAUCGUCAGAUGUCUGAUUUCAAUGGGUUGAGUCAAACAACACAAAGUUAUUCAACUGGAAUUGAUUCCUCAUCUUAUCGACCGUGGUCCAUGAAUUGGCAACAUCAGAAUAUUUAUCCUAAUGGCUACCAAACAUCUCGUCAAUAUCCCGCACAAGCAACACCCUUUCAUUUAAAUCCCACUUACAAUUAUCCGAUAGCAACACAAUCUCGAGACAGAUACCAACAAAUUAGUCCCGACCACUCUGGUCAAAUUCCAUCGCAAAACUUUGAAUUUCAGUACCGCAACGAGCAACCUUUUUAUCGUAGCUCUGGAAGUCCUCCCAAUUACUAUAGUGGGGCAACACAGCAAAAUACAUACAACACCAAUCCCACUACUUACUAUAAUUUUCAAAAUGGGUAUCAAACUCAAUCCGAUAAUCCCUAUCAGCCUUUUAGUGGCAGUAAUGAUAACUAUCAACGUGGUGUAAUGGCAGAAAGACCAAAUGUUGAUCGUCGAACAGAAGUAAAUGAAAGUCCUUUAAUGCCUUUCCAAAAUUAUCAAAGCUUCGAUUCGAGGAGUAUGAACAAUAAUCAAGGAGAAUAUUUCCCACCUGGAAUUUUUACAACAACUCAAAGAUAUUAUAACCAAAACGUCACAACAAAUAACAAUAAUUAUUAUCAAAAUAGUAAUAGGAACGGCAAAGAUCAAAUACUAAGAAGUGAUCCUAUGAGUGUCCAUAAUUAUUAUUGGACAAGCACUACAAUUUCAGGAGAAAGAAAAACACCGAUUGCCUUACCUCCUAUUCAGUUACCUUCUCAAAAUUUUGAAUUUAGAACUUCCCAGAUGUCACCAAGACCUAUUUUUUCGCUUAAACAUCAUCAUGAAGAGCGCGAUUACCAAUGCCUUGGACAAUGGGAAGAGAAUGGUUUAACCUACACUUAUACACACCGUACAGAUGCCGAUGUUUACGAAUGUUUUGUUGGAUCAAUUAUGAAUGAUGGGAAACUCAAGUUGACCGAAGCCGGUAGGCACUGUGAUCGCACUGUCGAUCCUCGCAAGACAGGGAUGACAUUAACGAAAAAAGGGGUUUGCGAUACUUCAAAAAAAUUACGAGAUGGUUCAACUAGCUUUGUCCCAAUCGCUUCAACUUUAGGGCCUCCUGUUUUCCAAUCAUCAACGCAACGCACUAGCUACACACCAGUUCCUAAACGCCUGCCCGCUUCAACAGUGAAACCAUGGAAAGCUAUUACAGGAAUGCCACCGUCGAAAAAUCGUAAUAUGUCGCAAUCAAAUAGCUCAAAAAUGACGUACAAUGCUGUGCUAGCUGUAAUCAUAUUGAUAAUAACCCAAAUACUUAAUCUACAGCGGUCAUAGUAGAUACUCUAGGAAUAUUAACUUAAACAUACUUUACCAUGUUUUUAUACUUUUCUGUUUUAUUUUAAAUUAUUUAAUUUAUUUUUUUGCAUUUUUAUUUGUAAAUAACAAAUUAAUUAUUUUUUAAAUGUAUAUUAUUGUUAGUAGAAAUACUAAAUUAAUGAGGAUGUUAGUUUGAGUCAUUUUGAAAAAAAAUUAGGAUCAAAAAAAAUCCUCAGUAUUAAAGUAAAUAUUAUAAAUAAAAAAAAUUGAAUAAUUUAAGAUUCACUUAAGUUAUCUUAUCCUUUUUCUCUGGUUAAAAUGCAUUCAUUAGCAGUUAAUAAAAAUUAUGAUAAUUCGUUAUAAACAUUUUCUUCGGGAUGAUUCAAACAAAAAUUAGUAAUUAUGGUUUCUAACUAUUGGUAUCACAAAUUAAAUAUAUACAAUUUUACAUAUAUUUAAUCUAUUCCAAUAAUUAGUACAAGAUUUAAGUAUAAAUUGAAUAUAAAACGAUGUUUGUACUUAAAUAUUAAUUAUUAUUUACUUCUUUUAAAAAUUAAAUAUAAACUGUAUAAAAGUUUACUAAAUGUCUCAAUUUUUUGAAAAGUUUUUUAACAACAUAUCAAUGUUUAGAAAGAUACUAUGAAGUCUUUAUUUACCAAAAUCACUAAAAAUAACUGAUUACAAUCAUUAACUUAAAAAAAAAAAGUUUGAUUGGAGAAAAAUUAUGCAUUACAAAAGUAGUUAAUGUAACUUUUAAUUGCAAACAUCAUGACGUUUUAUAAUUUAUACUCACGGAAGUGGACAAUCAUUAAUAUAUAAAAAUAUAUUAGUAAAAAAAGUGAGAAGAUAUGAAAGAGAAUGACAAAGCUCUAAAUUUCAUUAUAUUGUUAAGUUACUUUAAGAUUUUUAACAUUGUAGAUAGUUCUUAUUACAUUUGAAGUUAAAUGCUAUGUAGAAGAAUAACAAAAAUUAGUUUAAAUAAUUUUACAUUUUUAUUUUAUAUGGUUAUUUUAACAAUGCUAAUUUAUCUGGCAACAUUAUAGCGCGAAUGUUCCUAUAUUUGUUAGAAAUAAAAUGUAUUUUGUAAUAGAAUUUAAAAAGGAACAAAUUGUUAUUUUUGAAAUAAACAGUUCAAAUAUGAUUA